GGACAAUUGAACUAGCUUUUUUCUAAUAUGGGAUUGAGUCCCGACCACUUGAAUACUCCCACCCGAAUGCUUGCCUUGGAAUAGAAAGAAAGAAAGAGAAGAAUCUAUUAUCUCCGUCGUCCUUAUCUUUUUUCUUCUUCUUCUUCCCCGCCGGCCGUUUGAGCGCUACGUCAAGCGACUCGAUUCAUCAUGUUCAUUCUUACUACGAUCUCUGAUCUGAUCCAGAUCUCCCCGGAGGAUUUCUCCAAAUAUAGCGCUGUGGCUCUCGAAGAUAACAUCAACGAGAAGUAUGCCAACAAAGUCAUUCAAAAAAUCGGCCUAUGUAUUGGUUUCUAUGACCUGCUAGAGUCUUCAGAUGGUCUGAUUGGCCAUGGUACUGGACUUGUUAAUGUAAAUGUCAAAUUCCGUCUGAUUGUCUUCCGCCCGUUCAAGGGCGAGAUCAUGCUUGGGAAGAUCUCAAGUGCGACAGAACAUGGCAUCAAGGUUGCCGUGGAAUUCUUCAACGACAUCCUCGUGCCCCCUGAUCUACUCCUGGAUGGCGCCAGAUUUGACUACGCGGAUCAAGUCUGGAUCUGGGAGAACGAAGAUGGUUCUACGUUCUACUUUGAUGUUGGUGAAGUUGUUCGAUUCCGCGUUGAGAUGGAAGAAUGGCACGACCAGAUCCCGAAUGCGCCGGAUCUAGGAGAUGCCGCCGCCAUCGAGCGGAAACCCCCAUAUUCGAUUAUAGGAUCCAUGCAAAUGGCUGGAUUGGGUCCGAUUUCAUGGUGGUGAUUGAUGAUUUGCUUUGUUUUGGAGAGGAAGAAUACGAGAGCUUCCCGUGGAUGGGAUUGCAUUGUACACUACUACUACUACUUACAUACAGUGGGUUCAAAAGAAAAGGAAAAAGUAAAUGGGAGGAAUUGGAUAUACCACGUUGGGAUGGAUGUUGCAGAGGGGAGAAGAUCG